GGUGAAGGCUGGAAUAAGAGCCUCAGAGGUGGCAGAAUGACUCAGUUGAGAGGCUGGCUGAGGGAUCAGUCUGCAAGCUUCUGUUGUUGCUGCCGCAGAAGUCCUAGGAGAUCUCUGUCAGGAUACCUGGAGGAAGUGUCUAGCCUCAACUCUGAGACUCUGUCAGAGGGAAAAUGGCCACAGGCAAAGAAGUUCUGCGAGCAGCCGAGGUCCAGGUCUAGUCUGCUGUCCCUGGACACAACUUCAGCAGGCUCUCUGGACAGCCGUGGAGAGACUCCUGCCCAGUCAGCAGAGAGUGGCCUCCCCGUGGGCUGCGUGGAGCUGCUGGUGGGGGUGAUCCCGCUGUACAGCGACAUUGUACUCCACGCGCCCCCCCAGAACCUGGGUGUCCUAGGUACACAGCCUGCAGGUCCAGGGGACAGUGAGAAGGUGCCAUCAGCUCCCUGUUGCCAGCAGGCCCAGGAGCCAGAAUCUUCUGCAAGUGUGGAGACCUCAGCAACUCUGGAGACAGGGCCCUCAGCCAAGACUGCGGGGACCCCCGAGCCACAGCCCACACAGGCCCCUCUGGCUCCGAGCUGGGUGCUCAGAGCUGCACUCUCAGAAUCAGCUGUGGAGAAGGCCCUGGGCCCUGCUCCCACCCCCGACCUGGCCCUGCCCUCCCUGGGGGACACCUGCAUUGCUUUCCUCAUCUACUGCAUGUUCAUGAGCCCUUUCCUUUAUGGUUUUAUUUCCCUGUUUUUAACUUAAUUCAAAUAAAGUGUUUGUGUGUUCUGA